AUGCCAAGAGGGCAGAAGAGUAAACUCCGCUUACGCGCCAGGCGUCAACAAGCUCCUGGGGAGAGACAGGAUACAUGUUGUGAGGCAACUGCACAGGAGGAGGUGGAGUCUUCCCCCUCCUCUACUCCUGUUGGGGAGAGCACUCCCUCCAGCUCACCUGUUGUCUGCACUCUCCAGGAGUGUCAGGGAGCAGCACUCUGUGGCUCUCCUGAUGCAGGUCUUUCCUGCGAAUGCUCUGAUGUAGGUGCCCAGUGUCCAGAGGCAGGUGCAGAUGACAAAAGUUCAAGCACCUCCCAGGAGGCAUCCUCCACUCAGAGCAUGCGCAGAGAUCCUCUUGGCAGGAGAACCAAUAUGUUGGUGCAGUUUCUGCUGGAAAAGUAUAAAAUGAAGGAGUCUGUUAAACAGGCAGAUAUGCUAAAAGUGGUCAGCAGGAAGUACAAGCAGCACUUCCCUGACAUCUUCAGGAAAUCUUGUGAGCGCAUGGAGCUGGUCUUUGGUAUUGAGGUGCAGGAAGUCAACCCCAGCAACUAUAUGCUUAUCAGCAAGCUGGGCCUCUCUAGUGAAGGUAGUAGGGGCUUGCCGAAGACCGGCAUCAUAAUGACGCUCCUGGGUGUGAUCUUCAUGAGGGGCAACCGUGCCACUGAGGAAGAGAUAUGGGAUUUCCUCAAUGCCUUGGGGAUAUAUGCUGGGCAGAGGCACUUAAUCUUUGGGGAGCCUCGAAAGCUCAUCACCAAAGAUUUGGUGCAGGAAAAGUACCUGGAGUACCGUCAGAUACUUGGCAGUGAUCCUCCCCGCUAUGAGUUCCUAUGGGGUUCCAGAGCCCUAGCUGAAACCAACAAAAUGAAAGUCCUGGAAAUUUUGGCCAAGAUCAAUGAUACAGUCCCCAGGGCCUUCCCUGUUCUGUAUGAUGAGGCUUUGAGAGAUCAAGCAGCGAGAACAGGAGGGAGAGUUACAACUGGAGCCCUUACUGUUGCCAGGGCCAGGGUUCCUUGCAAGGCCAUGUCUCACAGGGCCACCCAAAUUUAG